ACAUCGGGAUCGGGAUCCAUAAUUUCGCAAUCAAAUAUGUCUGCGCCCUUUCAGAACUCAUUGACAAGGUGAAAUUUAUUUCAAAUUACAAUGUAAAAUGAUUUUAUGAUUAAACCAGAAAUUCUGAUUCGUGAAGCUUAAGGUAAUAACUAUGCCGGUAUCGGAUUACUUAUCUUCCCUGGGAGACAAUCCUUAUUUCGGUGCAGGAUUCGGGCUAUUUGGAGUGGGUUUUGCAGCUUCUCUGCUCAGAAAAGGAGCUCAGUUUGGUUUUGUUUGGUUUCGGAGGAACUGCAUGAUUACUUUGGAAAUUCCGAAUAGAGAUAAGAGUUACCACUGGUUACUUAAUUGGAUAACGACGCACGGGACUCGCACACAUCACGUCAGUGUAGAGACAACCUUUAAGCAAACUGAGACAGGGCGCAUUUACACGAAAUUUGAUCUCAUUCCCAGUCCAGGGAUCCACCUGUUUUGGUAUAAAAACAACUGUAUCAAGGUUGAGAGGUCUGUGGAAAAAAGUGCUGUUUCGCUACAGACUGGAAAACCGUAUGAAACUGUUAUGUUAACUGCGUUAGGGAUCAAUAAAAACUUGUUUUUAGAUAUACUAGAGGAUGCCAGGACUUUAGCUCUUGUGAGUGAAGAGGGGAGGACAGUGAUGUAUACUCCUAUGGGUGCAGACUGGGUUCCCUUUGGGUAUCCAAGGAGGAAAAGACCAAUAGAUUCUGUUGUUCUGGAUCAAGGAUCAUCAGAGAAAAUAUUAAAUGACAUAAAAGAAUUUACUAAAAACCCAAAAUGGUAUUAUGAUCGUGGUAUUCCAUACAGAAGAGGGUAUCUCCUGUACGGACCACCAGGCUGUGGGAAAAGCAGCUACAUCACAGCACUAGCAGGACAGCUAGAUUACAGUAUAUGUCUGAUGAACCUGAAUGACAGAGGAAUGUCAGACGAUCGUUUGAAUCACCUGCUUACAACUGCUCCAGAGCAGAGCAUCAUACUACUGGAGGAUAUAGACGCUGCUUUCCUCAACAGAGACUUGGCCAAGGAAAAUCCAACAAUGUAUCAGGGUAUGGGUCGAUUGACACUAAGUGGACUUUUGAAUGCAUUAGAUGGUGUGGCAUCGGCAGAAGCUCGGAUCAUAUUUAUGACAACAAAUUAUAUCGAAAGACUUGAUGCUGCCCUCAUCAGACCAGGACGAGUGGACAUUAAAGAAAUGAUUGGUCAUGCCACAGACUAUCAGUUGCAAAAAAUGUUUGCAAGAUUUUAUCCGGAGGAGGGGGAGGUGGGUGGACAGAAAUUUUGUUCUCUUGUGAGACAGCAGAAUAGGGCUGUGAGUGCUGCCCAGGUGCAGGGGUUAUUUCUACAAUACAAGGACAACCCUGAAGGGGCUCUGUCAAAUGUAGAAUUACUGUGGAAAUCCUAAUAGGAACUCGGUUACGUUUUAUAUGACAAGGAUGUGUAGCAAAAUAAAAUUAUACAGGUAAUACCACCAA